GGAGAAUUGAUAUUAGGGGAAGUGAUUGAUUCAAGAGAGUUCAAUGAUGUUUUGCAUCACUCUUGCAAAAUGAUGUUUUAAUCACAGUAACAAGUCCAUAAGCCGACCAGAAGAAGUCAUUUCCUGGAGAGAGAAGCAUGAUGAAUGUUUAUUCUGGACUAUACGCAACAAGCGUCUUUGUGAUUUGUUUGAGUGUUACGACAAACGCCGAUUCCUGCUCGUACAACUUUGAUGUUUGGUACCCCGAUAGGGACACUCAGAGUAGAUUACAAGUGAUAGAAUUGAAAAUUUCGAAUUUGUCCUCGUAUGUUGAUUUGGAAAUCUUGAAACUUAAACAUGCCGACCUUCAGGAGCUGAAGUGUAUGCAAAAUAAAUCCAAUCAACUUGAAUUAGAGUUGAUUAAAUCAAAACUAAAUGAACAGAAAGAAAAAGCUGCCAAUAAUGAAUCAUUUCAACUUGGCGACUUAAAUUUGCGACUUAAUAAUUUUGCUCGACGUUUAACACAAUUAGAAAGCAAGUUGUUAAGGAGGUCAGGCCGGAAGUCGAGAUUGAAACAAGAGAGGGCACUAGAAGAUAAUGGUCAUGUGACGUUAAACACACUUCGCGCGUCCGUCAGUGAUUUAAAAUCCGAGUGGAUUAUGAUUAAAAGAGACAUGUUUGAUAUUCACAAGGAAAUAGCCUACCUGAAACGAGACCAUAACGAUGUUACCAAUCUUACCAAACAUUUACAAGACACCACUGCAAUUUUAAAGAAAUCAGUGAACAAUUUCAAAGCUUCACUAGACCAUAGUUCACAAACAGUUAGGAUUUUAAAUUCAAAUUUUGAUACACUUAAACAAAUUGUAUCAACCAAAGACGAUGCACAAAUGAGAACGGAGCUUAAGAAGAUUUCCACAAAAGUCGGCGACAUCGAAAAACAACUUGAUACAUAUAAAUUAAACGCAAGUUCCUUGACAAGAGCAGUAGAGAAAAUCGUUUUGACAGCGGCGAUUCAAAAUAACAGUGCUGUUCCUAUGAAAACUCCAGAUAUAAACCGGAUGUAUCCGUCAGAUUGUGACGAUGUUCUGACCUCUGGUCAUUCUACAAACGGUGUUUACAGAAUACAACCUCAAGGUUCUUUGUACCCUUUCAAUGUUUACUGCGACUUUUUUGAUGGAAAUUUUGUUGUGUUUCAAAGACGCGAGGACGGACUUCAGAGUUUCGACAGAAGUUGGUUAGAAUAUAAAUUCGGAUUCGGCAGUCUAUAUGGCGACUUCUGGCUGGGAAACGAAUUAAUAUAUUUAAUUACUAAGCAAAGGAAAUAUGGUCUGUUGAUUAUGAUAGAGGACUGGGAGGGAAAGUCCGGAUGGGCCGAAUACUCUAAAUUCCAAGUAGAGGACCAAAGUAAUCAGUAUACACUUCGCGUUUCCGGUUAUACUGGAAAUGCCGGUGAUUCACUAACUUACCACAGUGGGAUGAAGUUUAGUACUGAGGACACUGAUAAUGACCUGAACAUGCGCAACUGUGCCGCGGAAAACAGAGCUGGUUGGUGGUUUGAUUCUUGUUACCUUAGUAACCUCAAUGGAGUUUACCACAAGGGUUGGUAUACACAUGCGCAGGCAAAAAGUAGUGACGGAGUCGUGUGGUUUACAUGGAAAGAUUCUGAAAAAUAUUCCUUAAAGAAGGUUCAGAUGAAGUUGAAACGUGCAUAAAGUGAAUUGAGGAAAUCCUUUGUUUGUGUAAUCUUGCUGGACUUUGUAAAUGAAGUAAAUGGUGCAACAUCAAGUUCAGUAAUAUCUGAAUUAAUCUUGGAAUUUAAUCAAAGUAUUUAUAUAUGAAUAAAUAAAACGCUUACCAAAUAAACCGUUAAAUUAUAAAUUGAAUC